CCUCCCCCACUUCCUAGCUCAGCUGGCUGCUUGCUUCGACGAGGGCGGUGCUCGAAAAUCAAAUGUGGUAGACAGAAAGAAGGUCACCUUCAUUUUAUCUAAGCUGGUUCUCUAUCAAGACGUCAAGAUGGAUGACGAGCCGAAGCAACGUUUCAUUGAGCAAGGCUCUCACAAGGGCAAGGGCAUUGCAGUUUUCACAAGUGGAGGCGAUUCUCCUGGUAUGAAUGCUGCUGUCCGGGCUGUGGUUCGAAUGGGUAUUUACCUUGGGUGCAAGGUGUUCUUUAUCAAGGAAGGUUAUCAGGGAAUGGUUGAUGGUGGAGCCAACAUUGAAGAAGCCAACUGGUCCUCUGUGUCAUCAAUCAUCCACAAGGGUGGUACAGUCAUUGGAUCUGCUCGCUGUACCGAUUUCCGCGACCGACCUGGCCGCUUGAAGGCUGCCAAAAAUCUGGUUGAACGUGGAAUAACCAACUUGGUUGUCAUUGGUGGUGAUGGUUCUCUUACUGGAGCCAACCUGUUUCGCCAGGAAUGGAAAAGCCUGUUGGAUGAGCUGCUUUCGACAAAACAAAUCAAUGCUGAACAGAGGGAGAAAUACAAGCAUCUCCAUAUAGCUGGAAUGGUGGGGUCUAUUGAUAAUGACUUUUGUGGUACUGAUAUGACUAUCGGUACAGACUCUGCACUGCACCGUAUUAUUGAGGCAAUUGAUGCUAUCGUAUCCACGGCCUACUCUCAUCAGCGAACAUUCAUUAUGGAAGUUAUGGGUAGACAUUGUGGGUACCUUGCAAUCGUGGCUGCCUUGACAUCUGAGGCGGACUAUGUGUUUUGCCCAGAAAACCCUCCACCUGUGGACUGGCCCCAAAAGCUGUGUGACAAGUUAGAACAGGAGCGAUCUGCUGGCCAGCGUCUAAAUAUCAUCAUUGUGGCUGAAGGAGCUAUCGAUCGUGAUGGGGAACCUAUCACUGCUGAAAAAGUGAAACAGGUUGUUGUUGACAAUCUAAAACAAGACACCCGUAUCACUGUUCUUGGACAUGUGCAGCGUGGUGGUAGUCCAAGUGCAUUUGAUCGAGUUUUGGGUUGCCGAAUGGGAGCUGAAGCAGUCAUGGCUUUGAUGGAAGCUACACCAGAAACAGAGGCCUGUGUAGUGUCUCUUGACGGUAACCAGGCUGUUCGCCUACCUUUGAUGGAAUGUGUCGAAAGGACCAAGGCAGUUGCACAGGCUAUGGCUGACAAGCAAUGGGAGAAGGCAGUCCAACUUCGUGGAAGGAGUUUUGUGCGUAACCUGGAGACGUACAAGAUGCUGACCAGGCUGAAACCACCCAGGACAGCUUUUGAUGAAACUGGACGUGGCGUGUCAGCAUUGAAAAAGCAAGACACUUUGUGGGGACAGGAAGGUUAUACCUUAGCAGUCAUGCACAUUGGUGCUCCUGCCUGUGGCAUGAACGCAGCUGUCCGGUCAUUUGUCCGAAACUGCAUUUACAGAGGUGAUACCGUCUAUGGUAUACAUGAUGGUGUGGAGGGCCUUGUUGCUGGCAAUGUUCAAAUGAUGGGCUGGUCUGAUGUAACUGGUUGGGUUGGCCAAGGUGGCGCAAUGCUUGGUACUAAGCGAACUCUGCCUGGUGCAAGGAUGCCACAAAUUGCUGCACGCUUGAAAGAAUUCAAGAUCCAGGGUCUUCUCAUCAUUGGAGGAUUUGAAGCUUAUCAAGCUGGUCUUCAACUUACUGAAAAUAGGUCAAAGCAUCCUGAGUUCUGUAUCCCCAUUGUUAUUAUUCCAUCAACUAUAAGUAACAAUGUGCCUGGCACUGAAUUUUCAUUAGGUUGCGACACCGCUUUGAAUGAAAUUACUGAGAUCUGUGACAGAAUUCGUCAGUCCGCCCAAGGUACUAAACGUCGAGUUUUCAUCAUUGAGACUAUGGGUGGUUAUUGUGGAUAUCUGGCAACUGUUGCUGGUUUGGCAGGAGGUGCUGAUGCAGCCUACAUUUAUGAGGAGAAGUUCUCUAUCAAAGAUCUUCAACAGGAUGUGUACCACAUGGCAUCCAAGAUGGCUGAGGGAGUCCAGCGUGGCCUGAUUUUAAGAAAUGAAAAAUGUAAUGAAAAUUAUAAUACCGAUUUUAUCUUCCGUCUGUACUCUGAGGAAGGCAAGGGUCUAUUCAGUGCCCGUAUGAAUGUUCUUGGUCACAUGCAACAAGGUGGUUCACCUACGCCAUUUGACCGUAAUAUGGGCACAAAAAUGGCAGCCAAAAGUGUGGAGUGGAUGGUUGGUCAGCUGAAACAGCAUUGUCGUGAAGAUGGUUCAAUCAAUGUCAGUUCUCCAGAUUCAGCUGUUAUGAUGGGCAUCGUUCGCCGUCAGUACAAAUUUUCUCCUCUCCAGGAUCUCAAAGCAGGCACCAACUUUGAUCAGCGCAUUCCAAAAUCUCAGUGGUGGCUGAAAUUGCGCCCACUGCUAAGGAUCUUGGCUAAACAUGAUAGUGCCUAUGAAGAAGAAGGAUUAUACAUGACGGUUGAAGAGGGAGCUGAGGCAGAUUCAAUUGUUGUUUAAUCAAUUAAAUUGAAUUGUAUUCUUUAGUGCAAAAUAUAAUGUAAAUUUUAAAUAUUUUUCUUAAUUUUAUUUCAGGCCAUCAAAUUUUUUGUUUUAUGGUUUGUCAUGUUGAUUUUGUGUUUCUCAUUUUCAUUUUGUGAUUCUUCUGUGAGUGAUUCUAUGUGGUACCAGUUCAAAAAUGCUUGCCUCAUCAGACAAUGAUGGUUAGCACACUAGUCUGUUUCACCGGUAAACUCAUCAAACACUCAGAGAAACCAAAAUAAUUUUAUGCUUCAUAAUUGUGAAUUAUAGUAGAUUUUAGUAGUGUAGUAAAUACUUUUGGUUCACUUUUAACCAGUCAUGCUUGAAGGAUUCUUGAAAUCAUGUGUUUAUUACUCCAUGAUGCAUCCUUUGACUUUGAGAACACUUUUAAUAGGUGUUUGUUUUUUAAAUGUCUAUUUUUGCUUGAAGUGAUUUUAUGUAUACUGUAUUUAUUGAGAACUUUUGAUUGCUGUUGCGUGCUUUUCAUAUACUCACAUUUGAGUGUGUAUAUACCUUAACUUCCUAUUCUGUUUUGAAACCUGUCAGUUGUUUAGGGAAAAUUAAAUCAAUAGUUUUAUUUUCUUAAUCAGAAGGAAUGUUGUUUUGUUUUAUAUGAGUCUAUAUUUUGUUGAUUUGGCAGAUAUCUUUAUUUUGAUAUUAGUGUGAUAUUAUGAUUUCUAGCUUUAUUGUUGCCAUUUAAUACUCUCAUAAAUAAGUAAAUCAGUCCCUAUGUAAGAAUUAGUUCGAUUGCUGAUCAUGUCACAAUUUGAAGGUUGUCUGUACAUAUAUACUUCCUUUCUUUUUUGAUCAUGUUCAACACCUUAGACGAGCAUAUCUAUGCAGCAUAACUUUGUAGUUUUUCUGUAGACAUCAAUAACUGAAUUGUGAAAUAAAUUUAGGAUUCAACACAAGUGUCCUUAAAUUGAGGGAUAAAGAUUGCAGCUAUCAACAGUGUGAGAGCAUGAGAACGGUUCUAUAUCUAGUUUUUGAAAGGAGUUAUUGACAUUAUUAGCAAGGCAAGAUACUGUUUAUUUUAGGCCAAUGGUUCACUUGUCUCUGUUAAUCUUGUCACUGCACCUCUUGAAUUCUCCAGGUCUAAAUUUGCUUUCUCAAGUUUUAAACUGGAGAAAGUUAAGUAUUAGAGUUCUGUGUCAACUAAAAUGGUUUGGUGAUUUAUAGGUUGAAAAGAAGGUUUGAUCCCUUUUGGAUGUGAACACAACCAUUUUGGUGGUAAAUGGAACUGUCAAGAACACCAACAGUAUUGAAAAACACAUCCAUGUUAGUUGCAUAAUGAUGAAAUUAGUUCAGUUAAUACUAAUUAGGCAGUACCUGCCUCUUUGGAUAGACCCUGCAAAAAGGGGCUGGAUCCCCAUCUUCUAAGAAAUUGAUUGUUAUUGGUGAAAACCAUUAGCUCAAUAAAGUGAUUAACUGAGCAAAAAUGA